GUUCAGUUGAUUGCCACCUACCGCACAAACAUGUCUAAUAAUCUGCGCAUUCCAACUAUUUUACUAGUGUUUCUAUUUGCUGUAUCCAACGCAAGUGACUGUGUCAAAGAAAAAAUACAGUAUGAUAUCGCAAGAUUUACUUCAAGCUAUAAAGAAGAAAUAGAACACCACGACGAUGUCGUCAUUAAAAACGACAAAGAAGCUUUUUACAUUAACAUUACCGGUCCAGUGAAAAGUUUCUGCAAGGGUUCCAUAAAUAUCUCCGUAAGAUCCCAUCACUUUUGGUGCGGCGUUUCAACAUUAAAAACCAUAGAAGUUGGGGCGUUUGACAAUCAAAUCAUAGACAGUCAAUUUAUAAUAUCAGGUAACAAAAUCAAAGUUGUGCAGACAGGAUUAUUCCACGAUUUACAAGUUGAAUUAAUGGAUUUAAUUUACAAUGAAAUUGAAGAAAUUCAGGAAAACUCAAUUGUGAACUUACCUCAGCUGACUACGUUGCAUCUAAGCCACAAUAAGAUAUCAAACUUACAUCCUAAUGCUAUAAGAAACACACCUAAACUACAAUGGUUUGAUAUCAGCAAUAAUAACCUCAAAACCCUUGGUCCAAAGGUUUUCGACUUUCUUAGAAAGGAAGUUAUAGUCGGUAUAGGCGUUAGCGGAAAUAAUUUGGAAAAAAUCGACCCGAAAGCUUUCGAAGGCCUAAACAUUUACACUCUAGGUUUGGACAAUAAUCACCUGUCAACCAUCCCAGACACUAUCUUCACCAACAACAAGGAAUUAAGUGAGAUUCAUUUGGCGAACAAUAGUUUAACCUCGUUGAGUGACAAGUUUUUCGAAAUGAAGACUUUAAAUUUUAUUUAUCUGAGUGGGAAUGACUUUAAGUGCGAUACUAUUUUAAAAUUAAGGGAUUUGUUUAAGAGGGGAGGUUAUGUUAAGGAGUCACCUAAAAAUGGAAGAUUUGUGAAGAUUCUUAGUUACGACGAAAAAGAUUGUUAGUUUUAA